CCUUCAUGGCCCUCCUGGCUCUCACCCUGGCACUGCUGGCAAUGACCGUGGCCACCACGGCCAAUGAGGUGAGCCCCCUGGACAUGGCCUCAGCCUCCUUCAAUGACCAGUACCAGAAGAGCAGCUGUGCCAUGGAGGGGGUAUUACCACCCCUGGACCACUCUGAGUUCCAGAACAAUUCUCUGUUCAGCAAGUACAGACCUUGGGCCGUGGGCAUGGGGCCGAUUCAGUGGUCCCCUGUGUCUCGUCUGUCAUCCUCAGACCAGGCCAUCGCCAUCAUGGCCGACCACAUAAUUCACCUGUACAAGGAGUUCAACAACAAAAUCGAAGUGACCGGGCACUCCCGUCAGGCAUACCAGGACAAAUUCAAAAUCCUGCUGAAUGACACCUUCACCAUGCUGAUGGCUGCAUGGAAGGAGCAGAAAUGUCGCUGUGUGAUCCGGAGGGUGUACAACUGUAAGUUCGAGGAAAAUGUUGACGACAUUGCCCGGGUUGGUCAAUUAACGUCAUCGAGGCUUUGCAAGAAUGUCAGCAAAGGAUUUGGGACCACGACGGUGUUCAAGGUGCAGAUGUGCCAGGACGUGUACAUCAUGGAAUUCUUUAAAAAUCCCUUUGUGAAGGAGGUGCUGAUCCCAUACUUUGAGAAGUUCAAGGUCACCAAAGUCAUCGGGGGUGGGGAGAACAAGCAGAUCCACCUUGAAUACAUCGGGGCCUACAGAAAAUACAACUGCGAGUGUGUGACAGGUGGGAGCGUCCCCAGGACACCUGGCCACCUCGGAAAACUCAUCCUGGCCACCGGACUCUUGGCAGUGGCCACUGGGAUCCUCUGAGCCAUGAAACCACCAAGGUCACCCAGACCACUGUAGUCACUGUGGCAAUCAUGGCCACCAUGGCCACCUGAGGGCGGCGGUAAAGAAGAGACGGGGUCUCCAUGCUGUGCUUGCGUUAGACCAUGAAGCCAUUUAUUGACACACAAAGCAGAGUUUAUACACUUUUACAGCUAUUGCUAAAAAUAGCGCACCAAUAACAUUCCUGUAACCAGGCUCUAUUGCUCACUCGUAACAAAAUAACAUUGCUCAAUCUCUGCCUUGCUUUAAGCUAACUAGCCAAUGGCCAAGGUUAUUUUCAGUACUCAAUGCGUGUGCCGUUCCAGUGGAUGGGAUCAUUGAGGCAAAUAUUCGAGUUCCAAGGUUCCAAGUUUCCCCAUUGUCGUCACAAUCUGGGCUAUCGGUACGGGCGCUGCGCUUGGCUCGCACUGAGCUGUGCAGAGCUGUUGGAUUAUGGUGUAAAGAGUGAACCAUGGUCAGUCGGCCCAAAUGUGCAAAGCCCUCUUUAGUCUUUCCUGGGAUCCCUUUCCAGGCUCUAUUUCCACGUAUUAAAAAGACGUUAUCUGUUGGAAUCAGUGACUUGGGGGUCUCUCUGAAUUUUUCAGAGAGAAAUCACAGUGCAGGGAUUGAAUUAAAGCCUUUGGAUGGAUUGAAGUGUGUUAAGCCACUCCCACAUAAAGUAGAGGUGUAAGUUGAAGUUUUAGGAUAAAUAAGGUAGUGAGUAAGUUUUAGAAUGAGCUUUAAGUGCUUUUAGUGAGUAGAAGGUCUCAGAUGCCAGAGUGGAAGUG